AUGUGGAGAAUUCUGCGUUUUGCAACAAUUUUCCUUCUGCCGGUGAUCGAAAGGAGCCACGUGUUGGGAAAGUUUUGCUAUGAAAAUGAAAAAAUACCCAGAUUAGUGCAGAAUAAAACAAAGGGAGUUGAGUAUGGGGUGUGCACCUACUACUGCAUGUUUUCCGAGCACAGUUUCCCAGUAACAGUUCCAUCAGAAAAAUUGAUAUGCACUUUGGAAUUCGAUGAGCAGCAGAAGCAAGUCUGCUGUGAAGGAUACCACCGACACGGAAGUGAAUGUUUGCCAAGCUGUAAGCAUAAAUGCGUUUUUGGCGAAUGUACCGCUCCGGAAACGUGUACCUGUUAUGCUGGUUAUCGGAAAGUUAACGAGUUUCUUUGUGAGCCAAUUUGUGAUAUUCCAUGUGAAAAUGGUAAUUGCGUGGCACCAAAUUCAUGCAUCUGUCGAGAAGGUUUUGUGCCUGAUGAGUAUGGAAAAUGUGUGGAGCAGUGCGAGAAAAGGUGUCUUUUUGGGUGGUGCGAAGAAAAUCGGUGUCGAUGCUAUGAAGGAUAUCAACUUGAUCCGAGUAACGACGAGCGCUGUAUUCCGCUUUGUGAACCAGAUUGUCAGAACGGAAGCUGUGUGCUGCCAAAUGUUUGUCAGUGUGCUGCAGGUUACACCUUAUCACGAACUGAACAGUACGUUUGCAAACCUGUCUGCAACGGAUCAUGUCACAAUUGCAUUGCUCCCGAUGUUUGCCAGUGUGAGGAAGGCUACAAGUUUAAUUCCAAGCAUGAAUGUAUCCCCCUAUGCGACCGCACCAACUGCACCAACGGCAACUGUAUAGGCCCGGAAAUGUGCCAGUGCCACGAAGGAUUUCAGUUCAGCGGAGAUGACGCAGUCGGAUGUGUACCAGUUUGCGAGAGCGGAUGCCCAAACGGACGGUGCCUGGCUCCAGAGGUUUGCGUGUGUGAUCAUUCGUAUCGCAUGGGACCACGUGGUGCUUGUGAACCCUUCUGUCCCGAUGGCUGUCCAAAUGGAGUCUGCACGGCGCCGGGGGUUUGCCAAUGUACGGCAGGAUACAAAAGGAACGAUUACCAUGGAACAUGUGAACCGUACUGUAGCAAACCGUGUGAAAAUGGAGUUUGCAGUGGUCCAGAUAGAUGCACUUGCAUUCAGGGUUACCAACUGGAUCGAAUGGAUCUUGCGAAAUGCGUUCCCAAGUGCAGUAGGCCGUGUGUUCAUGGAAGGUGUGUUGCUCCUGGCGUUUGCGAGUGCAACAAAGGAUACUCAAAAUUAGAGAGCAGUCCAAACGUGUGUGAAGCUAAGUGUAGUAGUGGAUGCUUAAAUGGGCAAUGCGUGGGUCCAGAACGUUGCGAGUGUCUACCAGGAUAUUUCGCGACGGCCAGUGCUACAAGCUCUAAAAAGUCCGUUUGUACACCGUACUGUCAGAACAAGUGCGUCAACGCCUACUGCAUCAAGCCGAACGUGUGUCAGUGCAUUUCCGGUUAUCGAUUCGUGGACAACAGCAGCACCACAUGUGAGCCAAUUUGCGAUGAAAGUUGGGUAGAUUGUAGAAAUGGUCGCUGCAUUCAACCGAAUAUUUGCGAGUGUGAUGAGGGUUUUUCGCUGUCCAUUCGAGAUGGCAGAAUGGUUUGCGAAUUGGAACCAUGCAAAAAACUUUGUGUGAAUGGUUACUGUAUGGGCGAUGGAUUGUGUGUGUGCUUCGAAGGAUACGUUCGUUCGUCCAGAUUUGAUUACGUUUGUGAGCCGUUUUGUGAGGCUGGGUGUGGUGAGAACGGGGUCUGUAUUGCUCCGGAUGUAUGUAUUUGCAAAGAAGGGUUUGCUCUUUUGGGUAAUGGCUUUUGUGAACCAUUUUGCAAUAGAAGUGUUGUGGAUUGUUCGAAAGGAGCAUGUUUAGGAAGUAAUCUUUGCCAAUGCUCUGAGGGUUAUUAUUCGAGAAAAGGUCAUACUGGAGUUGUGGAAUGCGUACCAAUCUGCAUCACUGGUUGCAUAAAUGGAAACUGUGUUGCACCUGGUGUUUGCGAAUGUGAAAAUGGAUUUCACCUUGACGUUGAGCUGGGGAGCUGCAAAGCGGUUUGCAAUCCUCCAUGUGGUCACGGCGAUUGUAUAGAGCCAAACCACUGUAAGUGUCACAAUGGAUUCGUUGCAGAUAUUAAAACACACGCUUGUGUGCCUCAUUGUGACACGCAGAUUGUAGAUUGUAGCAACGGAAUCUGCGAAGGAAACAAUUUUUGCCGUUGCCACGAUGGCUUCUAUUCUGGUUUAAGUAACGGGGUGUUACGAUGUCUUCCACUUCCGGAAAUAUCUGAACCAUGCCCAGCAGUUGUUUGUCCAGCAGAACCAGUGGAACCCGUUAGUCAGACAUGUAUAGAUGCAGAAACGACCACAACGGUGGCACCUCAUUUAUGCGAAUGCCCAACAGACGCACCUUGUCCUCAAGUUACUUGUCCCACAUCACCUGCUCCAGAAUGUACGCAAAACAUGGUUAGUUUCGAGAACACGGUUUGUGAUGAAAACUACGUCGACUGCAGUCAGGGAACUUGUCUGGGAAACAAUAUUUGUGAAUGCUAUCCUGGGUAUAGGAAGGCCGUUGAUGAACAGGAAGUUGUUUACUGUGAACCUGUGUGCGAGAUUCCUUGUACGAAUGGAGUUUGCGUGGGUCCGAACUUGUGUGAGUGUAACGCCGGGUACACUGAUGUUGGAUUUGGGUUUUGUCAUCCCAAGUGCGACGAACCGUGUAUUAACGGAUACUGUGUUGGACCUAAUGUUUGUCGCUGCUGGCCAGGAUAUGCGGAAGAGUGGGAUGGAAUUUGUCGAAAGGCAUGUGUGCCAAUUUGUGUGGAUGGAAUUUGUGUGCAUGGAAAGUGUGUUUGUGCAAAAGGGUGGGAAUUGACUGAUGGUAAUGUUUGCUUUGAGACCAGAGAAGAGGAGAUGGUUAUUGAAGAUAAUUCUGAGCUUGUACGAGUUUUGGGAGGUCAAUUCGAGUGCGAUGAUGGGUUCGAGUAUUCAGAAGAGCAGAAGAAAUGCUUUCCCGUUUGUAAGCGGUGUGCAAAUGGUGACUGUGUGGCUCCGAACGUGUGCGAAUGUCACGCAGGAUUCGUUCGAAUAUAUAUUGAUGGGUUAGGAUCCUGUCAGCUGGAUGAGUCGUCCACGGAUCUGGGUCCGUCGGAGGAAGAGCUGGUCGAACUGGAAUCCGUCGAAGAAGUGGCAGUGCAGUCGCAGAAACCUUUCCGAUUAUUUUCAAUGUUCGAUCGAUCUCAUCUUUUCCUAGCCCUGCUAGCUUUUUCGGUUGCAUUGAUUAUAAUGCUCAUAUCCUAUUGGACAUGUACCUACUUGAAGAAAGAAGAUCCAAUACCUGUCGAAACUAGGAUUGAUUAG